CCUCCAUUCUCCUCCCCUCCGGUGUGAUCAGACGGUCAGUACUUUGCAGGGCUCCGGCUGCCUCCAGUACCAUGGACAGGGAGCCCUAUACCUGGAAGCGUGUGCCCGGCGAGCGGCGCCCUGCCUGCAUAUGCGGAUCCUAGAGGCUGAUCCCGGGAUCUGGUGAUCUAGUGACGGCAGGAUCUCUGCUCCUUCCCCUCCUCUAGGAGCUGCUGGCAGCCGGAGGAGGACAUUGUUGUUGUUUGGGCUUCUCCAUAGCACAUCAUGCCGUCCUGAGGAUCACCGCGCAGGAGAUCCACCACAAUCCUGCCCCCUGUGCCCGGCACAAUGUGGGUGAAUCCGGAGGAAGUGCUGCUGGCAAACGCCCUGUGGAUCACCGAGAGGGCCAAUCCUUAUUUCAUACUGCAGAGGAGGAAAGGGCAUGGGAGCAGAGGAGGAGGGGGGCUGGCAGGUUUACUGGUUGGGACCCUGGAUGUUGUAUUGGAUUCCAGUGCGAGGGUAGCUCCUUACCGCAUCCUUUAUCAAACUCCAGACUCUCUUGUAUACUGGACCAUUGCUUGUGGAGGCUCUCGGAGGGAAGUAACUGAGCACUGGGAAUGGCUAGAAGUCAACCUACUUCAGACGCUUUCGAUUUUUGAAAAUGAAAAUGACAUUACCACAUUUGUCAAAGGAAAAAUCCAGGGUAUCAUUGCAGAGUAUAAUAAAAUAAAUGGCGUUAAAGAAGAUGAUGAUACCGAUAAGUUUAAGGAGGCGAUAGUGAAGUUCCACAAACUAUUUGGUAUGCCAGAAGAAGAAAAGUUGGUCAACUACUAUUCAUGCAGUUACUGGAAGGGCAGAGUGCCCAGACAAGGAUGGGUGUACCUAAGCAUCAACCACCUCUGUUUCUACUCCUUCCUGCUGGGGAAAGAAGCCAAGCUAGUGAUCCGAUGGGUUGACAUAACACAGCUGGAAAAGACGGCUACCUUACUUCUCCCAAACAUGAUUAAAGUCAGCACUCGCUCCAGUGAACACUACUUCUCUGUUUUUCUUAACAUCUCGGAGACUUUUAAAUUGAUGGAGCAGCUUGCUAACAUAGCCAUGAGACAACUCCUAGAUAAUGAAGGUUUUGAGCAGGAUCGAUCUCUUCCCAAAUUGAAAAAGAAAUCGCCCAAAAAAGUAUCUGCCUUAAAGAGAGAUUUGGAUGCACGAGCCAAGAGUGAACGGUAUCGGGCUCUUUUCCGUCUUCCGAAGGAUGAAAAGUUGGAUGGACAUACAGACUGCACAUUGUGGACACCCUUCAGUAAAAGACAUAUAGUGGGGCAAAUGUUUGUUUCCACAAAUUAUAUAUGCUUUACUAGUAAAGAAGAGAAUCUGUGCAGUCUGAUCAUCCCAUUGCGAGAGGUAACCAUUGUAGAGAAGGCUGACAGCUCUGUUGUCUUGCCCAGCCCCCUGUCUAUCAGCACCAAGAACAGAAUGACAUUCCUCUUUGCCAAUUUGAAGGACAGAGACUUUCUUGUGCAGAGAAUAUCAGAUUUCCUGCAGCAAACAACCCUGAAAAUGUACUUUGAUAAGGAUAUUUCUGGAAGUGACAGCAGCAUAGAAGAGGAGGUUGACUCCAGGGCUACUGGUUUUGUCUCCUGCAGUCCCCACCAUAGACUAAGAGUGGAAGCCGAUGGGGACCAUCACGUUAACCUUAAUGGGAAUUGUGCUCCCACAGCCACACAGACUUUAAUGACAAUGUAUCGUAGAAAGUCACCGGAGGAGUUCAACCCUAAAUUGGCCAAAGAGUUUCUUAAGGAACAAGCUUGGAAGAUUCAUUUUUCAGAGUAUGGGCAAGGUAUUUGUAUGUACCGAACACUGAAAACAAGAGACCUGGUACUAAAAGGCAUCCCAGAGAGCAUGCGAGGAGAGCUGUGGCUGCUGUUCUCUGGGGCUAUUAAUGAAAUGGCAACGCAUCCAGGGUAUUAUGAGGAGCUGGUCGAGAAGUCUAUGGGUCAGUACAACCUUGCCACGGAGGAGAUAGAAAGAGAUUUGCACCGUUCCCUCCCAGAGCAUCCUGCAUUCCAGAAUGAAAUUGGAAUUUCUGCCUUGAGGAGAGUCCUCACCGCUUAUGCCUUUAGGAAUCCAAACAUUGGAUACUGUCAGGCAAUGAAUAUAGUUACCUCGGUACUACUUCUUUAUGCCAAGGAAGAAGAAGCCUUCUGGUUGCUUGUGGCUCUCUGUGAACGAAUGCUGCCUGACUACUACAAUACAAGAGUUGUUGGAGCUCUGGUGGAUCAAGGCGUCUUUGAAGAGUUGGCCCACGAUUAUGUUCCACAGCUUUAUGACUGUAUGCAGGAUCUAGGAGUGAUCUCCACCAUCUCCCUCUCUUGGUUUCUCACACUUUUCCUCAGUGUGAUGCCCUUUGAAAGUGCUGUUGUGGUUGUGGAUUGUUUCUUCUAUGAAGGCAUUAAGGUCAUAUUUCAGCUCGCCCUUGCUGUAUUGGAGGCCAACGUCGACAAGCUCCUCAACUGUAAAGAUGACGGAGAAGCUAUGACUGUACUUGGAAAGUACCUGGAUAGUGUGAGUAACAAGGACAGCACAUUACCCCCAAUUCCUCACCUACAUUCCCUGCUUACUGAUGAUGUGGACCCAUACCCAGAAGUGGACAUUUUUGCCCUUAUUGCUUCCUCUUAUCAGAAAUUCGGCUCUAUACGGGCAGAUCCAAUAGAAACAAUGAGGUUUAAGCAAAGGUUAAAAGUGAUACAGACUCUUGAAGACAAUACAAAGCGAAAUGUGGUCCGCACUAUUGUAACUGACACAGCAUUUACUAUUGAUGAGCUGGAAGAGCUGUAUGCACUUUUUAAGGCUGAGCACCUGACCAGCUGCUACUGGGGAGGUACCAGCAGUUCAAUAGAACGCCAUGACCCAUCCUUGCCCUAUCUUGAGCAGUACCGCAUAGACUUCCAACAGUUCAAGAGUAUGUUUGGCCUACUCUUCCCAUGGGCAUGUGGCGCACAUACAGAUAUCAUGGCUUUUCGCGUCUUUAGGCUUCUGGAUGAAAAUGGUGAUGGUUUAAUCAACUUCCGAGAAUUUGUAUCAGGGCUAGGUGCAGCCUGUCAUGGUGACCUGACAGAAAAACUGAAGCUGUUGUACAGGAUGCACAUAUUGCCUGACUUGUCACCAGAACAAGAAGAACCAGAUUCUGCAUUUGAGGCCACACAGUACUUCUUUGAAGACAUCGCACCUGAGUGUAGUCAUGUUGCUGCAAUUGAGUUGAGAAGCAAGAGAAGGACAGAAGAAGGCUUUGUUGCAGUCAGUCUUAAAACAGUUAAAGUUAAAAAAACAAGUCAAGAUAACCGAAAUUAUCUCCGGAUAUGGGCACAGGAGAACCGCUCCAAGAAAAAAGAUGCUAAAGAAUUACCCAAGUUAAGCCAGGGGCAGUUUAUUGAAUUAUGUAAGACCAUGUACAAUAUGUUUAGUGAGGAUCCAAGAGAACAAGAACUCUACCAUGCAACAGCAGCAGUUACGAGCUUACUGCUUGAGAUCGGUGAGGUGGGCAAACUCUUCAAUUUGCAACCUCCAGAAGAAACUACAAGCCACAGAAACAAGGAAACUGCAAGUAGGGUCCAGGAGAAGAAGCCCAUUCAAACCUACCAUUAUGGACAGCCAGAUGCUUUCUCCACCAACCUUGUUUCCAGUCACAAUACAGACAACACAGAAGAAAUUCACUCUGACCAAAUGGAGGAGGUCAAGCUUGAGGACUCUUCUCCAAGAGACAAUGGGGCCUGCUCAUCUAUGCUCAUAUCAGAUGAUGAGACAAGAGACGAUAGUUCAAUGUCUUCUUACUCUGUGCUAAGUGCCGGGUCCCAUGAAGAUGAUAAACUGCAAUGUGAAGAUAUUGGUGAUGACACCAUCCUCGUACGCAGUCACCGCCAAGCUUCUUUGCCUGUCAGUACUAGUCUGGACCAAGAUUGGGCUGUUACAUUUGAGCAGUUCCUUGCUUCUCUCUUGACAGAGCCAGCUCUAGUCAGAUACUUUGAAAAACCGGUGUCCAUGAUGGCUAGAAUCACUAAUGCUAAAAAUGUCAGAAUGGUGGGCAAAGCUUUCCCUUCUACGAGUGACUAUGACAUUGCUACCAUCUCUGGAUGAAGAACACUAGGGUAAAUGUAAACAAUAUUCAACCAUCCUUGUUUUUUCGUUCAGUAGAGACUGAAACCCAUCAAUUCAUUUAGAAGAGAUAAACUUGUUUUAAUAUUUUAGUCCAAAACGGCACAAUUUACAAAUGGUCAUGUGAAGAUGUUACAGAUUUUAACCCAACAUUUUCCCUAGGAAGCACCCUUUAUAUAGGCAUGAGUACAAACUAUUUUACAUAACAAAUUAGAAGUUUUAGACUACUUAAAGGAGUAUUCCGGGGUUAACUAAUUUUUAACUAUCCUGCCCAUUAUGAAUAA